AGGGUACGGGAAUUAGGAACUCCGUCGAACGAACGAACACCGAUUAUCUCCCGCGGAAAUGUCAACAAAGACCAAAAUACCACUUUUAGUGUAUAUUCUGGAUGCUAAGAUUCAGAAACAACGUCUGAAGGACAUGAAAAAUGCGGCAGCCAAGAGGAAAAUACCAGUAACAGACACAUUUAGUACAAGUGUUACGCAUGUUGUAACAGAGUUUAAAGAAUAUGAUCAAGUGUUGCGGAAGCUUAAUAUGGCAGAUUCAAGUAGCCUAGAUGAUGUAAAUGUUGUCUCAGUACAGUGGUUUGCAGACUGUAUGAGAGCAGGCACAGUUGUCAGUGUGGAACUAAAACACAGGCUUCAGAGGACCAGUAACAGUGCACAGAGAAAUGAAGAGGUUGAUAGUACAAACCAGUCUGCAGUUUUGGCCGAGUAUGGUUGUCAAAGAGCUACGCCCUUAAGGCACUUGAAUGAGAAGUAUACAAAAGCAUUAGAAGUACUGGAGAAGUUUGCUGACCUACGAGAGGGAGACCAUGAUUAUUCCAGGGCACUAGCUUUCAGGAGGGCAUCAUGUGUAUUGAAGUCAUUACCCUUUGCUUUGUCCAGUAUACAGCAGUUACACAAUAUAACAAAUAUAGGAGACCAUAGUAAAAGAGUUGUACAGGAAAUCCUUGAAGACGGGGAAUGUUUGGAAGUUGAAAAUAUUCUGAAAGAUCCUUGGUUUCACAAAAUGAAGCUGUUUACUGAAAUAUUUGGUAUUGGACCUUCAACAGCCAAGCAGUUUAUAGCCAAAGGUUGGAGCUCUAUAGAAGAGGUACAGAAAGGGCAUAAAUCAGCUGAUUGGAGAGUCCAGUGGGGUCUUGCUUUUCAUGAAGAUCUUACAACACCAGUAUUGAGGCACGAAGCUUGCUUUAUCUAUGAGUUGGUGCAAAAACAUCUUAGGAAAGUUUUACAUGGAGCUAUUGCAACAGUUACUGGUGGAUUCAGAAGAGGUAAGACCAGUGGACAUGAUGUGGAUAUAUUGAUAACACACCCAACAGAAGGCAAGAUAAUUGGAGCACUGCCUAGGUUACUGCACAGUCUAGAAUCUUCGGACACUGUUCUGUGUGGGCGGCUUGAACGUAGCACAUAUACUGAUGAUGUAUUAGCCAGAAACACAAAACUUAGCACAAGAGGUCAACUAGACCAUUUUGAAAAAUGGAUUGGUGUUAUUAAGGUUCCCAAAAAAGUAAGAAACAGUUGUGUUGAAAGUGAAAUAAAUAAUGACAUUCUUACGCCAGGUUUACAGCCAUUUGGUGACUAUGGAAAUACUAGUAAUGGAACCGAUAUAUCACUGAAUGAAAAUGUAGGCAUGAAUAAUAAGGAAGUAGAAAAGAUAGGGGCCAGUUCUACUGAAGUAAUUUAUUCAAGAAAUGUUGCAAGUGGAAACAAAGAACCUAAUGUUGUAGCAGUCGAAGAUGAUGAUACUCUAGAAGUUAAAAAUGAGGUUGUGGACUCUCUAGAAGGAAGUGUUGAUGUCUCUGAACUAAAAUCAGGACAUAUUAAAGGCACUGGACCAAGUGAUAAACCUCCAGUUGAACUUGCUGCUGAGGAGAGGGACUGGAUUGCAAGGAGAGUGGACUUAAUCAUGGCUCCUUACAGUCAGUAUUACUACGCAUUGGUUGGUUGGACUGGAAGUAAACAGUUCAACAGGGAUGCCAGAACUUACUCUGAGAGGAAACUUAAUAUGAAGCUGACAAGUCAUGGACUGUAUGACUAUACCCUGGGUAAGAAGGUUCCAGCAGGAAGUGAGAAGGAAGUUUUUGACAAUUUGAAGCUACCAUAUCAUGAACCUUGGGAGAGAAACUGUUGAACCUGCCGUAACAUGAACUUCGAGAGAGAAAAAAGUAUUGAAGCCUCUGGUUAAUGAACUUUAGGAGAGAAGCUUUUAAACCAUCCAAUGUUCAGUGUAGUCUCUUUAGGGCAAGCACCACAUGGAAGACAAAAAUGUAUUUAUUAAUUACAGGUUGUGCUAUGAAGAGUUUAUUUUAAUUACUAAGUGUAAAAUGUUAUUGGAAGGAACAAAAUGUCUCUUGUGAAGAGGUAUUUACUCUUCACAGGUGCUAUCAAGAGAAGUUAUACUGUGUUCCAAUAUUUCUGAAAACUAUCGGUAUCUGAACCACAAAUUUAGAUGCCUAAAAAGAUAAGAUUAAUUCAAUAUAGAUUACUUGUAUCAUGUCUGAUUUAGAUAUCAGUUUUUAGCUCCACUAUUCGUAGAAUAGGGGGGCUAUUCUACACGCCCCGGCGCUGGUGUUGGCGUCGGCGUGAGCUUUCUUGGUUAAAGUUUUUUGGCAACCUUUGUUUUUCUAUCAUAUCUUUGUUACUAUUGCUUAAUAUAUCUUACUGUAAGUUCACAUAAACAUUGUCCAGCAUACAAACAAAGUAUGUGCAGGGGCUGGGUCCAUUAUACAUAAGGUCAAGGUCACCAAGGUGUUAUACUUAGGUUAUUUUUAAGGUUAAAGUUUUUCGGCAACCUUUGAUUUUUUCUGUGACAUCUUUGUUACUAUUGCUUAUAUCUUACUGUAACAUCACAUAAACAUUGUCCAGCAUGGUGUUAUACCUACAUGUAGGUUAUUUUUAAGGUUAAAGUUUUUGGUAACCUUUGUUUUUCUGUCACAUCUUUGUUGCUAUUGCUUGUAUCUUACUGUAACUUCACGUAAACAUUAUCCAUACAAACAAAGUAUGUGAAGGGGCUGGGCCCAUUAUACCCAAGGUCAAGGUCACAAAAUUGUUAUACUUAGAAUUAUUUCCAUGUUAAAUUUUUUCGAAAGCUUCGUUUAUAGACAUAUCUUUGGUACUUUAAAAGAUAAUGAUUUGAAGUUAAAAAUAUUUCUUUAUAAUUGUCAUCAUUCUGCAUGUGUGGUUACAAUCCCUUUAACUCUAUUCGUAUUUUUGACAGAAUUAUGCCACUUUCAUACUUAAAGUUAUUGCAAUCUUCGCUUUCUGGAUAUAACUUUAGUACAAUACAAGAUAAAGACUUGAAACUUAAAAUGUAUCUUUAUCAUUAUCAUCUGCAUGUGUGGUAACAAUCCCCAUUACUCUGAUUUGUAUUUUUGACCAAAUUAUGCCCCUUUCAUACUAAUUUCUUUUUUGACAAACUUCGUUUUCUGGACAACUUUGGUACUAUAUAAGGUAAUGACUUGAAACUCAAAAUAUAUCUUUACCAUCAUCAUCUGCAUGUGUGGUAACAAUUCCAAUAACUCUAUUUUGUGUUCUUGACAGAAUUAUGCCCCUUGGUGUAUCUUCCUUUUCAAGUGGAGGUCUCUUAUUAGCUCAUCUGAUUUUUUGAAAAAAAAUGAUGAGUUAUUGUCAUCACUUGAGCGGUUGUCGGCGUCGGCGUCUGCAUCGGGGUUGCCUGGUUAAGUUUUAUGUUUAGGUCAGCUUUUCUCCUUAACUAUCAAAGCUAUUGCUUUGAAACUUGGAAUACUUGUUCACCAUCAUAAGCUGACCCUGUAUAGCAAGAAACAUAACUCCAUCUUGCUUUUUGCAAGAUUUAUGGCCCCUUUUGUACUUAGAAAAUAUCAGAUUUCUUGGUUAAGUUUUAUGUUUAGGUCAACUUUUCUCCUAAACUAUCAAAGCUAUUGCUUUGAAACUUGGAAUACUUGUUCACCAUCAUAAGCAGACCCUGUACAUCAAGAAACAUAACUCCAUCUUGCUUUUUGCAAGAUUUAUUGCCCCUUUUGGACUUAGAAAAUCAGUUUUCUUGGUUAAGUUUUAUGUUUAGGUCAGCUUUUAUCCUAAACUAUCAAAGCUAUUGCUUUAAAACUUGCAACACUUGUUCACCAUCAUAAGUUGACCCCGUACAGCAAGAAACAUAACUCCAUCCUGCUUUUUGCAAGAUUUAUGGCCCCUUUUGGACUUAGAAAAUAUCAGAUUUCUUGGUUAAGUUAUAUGUUUAGGUCAACUUUUUCUCUUAAACUAUCAAAGCUAUUGCUUUGAAACUUGCAACACUUGUUGACCAUCAUAAGCUGACCCUGUACAGCAAGCAACAUAACUCCAUCCUGCUUUUUGCAAUAAUUAUUGCCCCUUUUGUACUUAGAAAAUCAUUUUCUUGGUUGAGUAUUAUGUUUAAGUCAACUUUUCUCAUAAACUAUCAAAGCUAUUGCUUUAAAACUUGCAACAGUUUUUCACCAUCAUAAGUGGACACUGAACAUCAAGAAACAUAACUCUAUCCUGCUUUUUGCAAGAAUGAUGGCCCUUUUUAGACUUAGAAAAUCAUGGGUAGGACAAUAUUUCUAUUACACAAAAAAAAUCAGAUGAGCGUCAGCACCCGCAAGGCGGUGCUCUUGUUGAGACAUAUAUUCAUUUUACUGUCAAAUCAUUUUACUGUCAAAUCGCCGAAUAGUGGAGCGCGCUGUCUUACGGACAGCUCUUGUUUUAUCUUUAACACAAAAAACUUUUCUUGUAAUAAUGACUUACGGUAGUUUUCAUAUCUUUGCAAAUGCUGCAGAGUUUCAAUUUUUUUCAAAAAGCUUAAAUGUUGUGCCUUGUUUCAUCAGCGCUAAGUUGAAAAAAUACCAGGUAUUUAAUAUGCAGAGCCUUUCAUGUUAGUAAGAUAUUCAUUCAUUCAAAGUUUCAUGAAAAUACACAAAUCCUUACCUGAUAGUUGUUUUAAAUAUCUUAGGAAAAUGUUAUUCCUUUUCUGUUAGUUGUUUUUCAAUAUGUUAAGAAAACAUCCAGUACUUUGUCAACUCCUAUUUUCUUUUAUCCUCUAAACAAACAGAAAUGAAAUAUCUCUUGUUCUCUGUUUAGGACAAGAAGUUUAUAAUGACCAAAAGUACUGUAGGGAGCUUAACUCUUUUAAAUUCCAGAAUGGCUUUGAUAAAUGUGAUAGAAUAAUAACAUUUUUGCUCAAUUUAACAAUUUAUUUUGUUGUAUAUUUGCAUGUAGUAAAUUGUUUUUGACUACAGUAGAACCCUGCUAGUAAGACCUCCUUUGGGUCUUUUAAAUACUGGUCUUAACAGAACUGUCUUACUACUGGAUUUAUUUUACAAAUACUAAUAAACCUCUGUUUCAGUUUAGAAAUAAAAAUAAUUUGCAUGCUGGUCUGGUUCCAUGCUGGUCGCAUAUGCACUAUGUUGGUUUUUUCAUGGUGCGGCUCAAUUAUUAUGUUGUUUUUGUAUUGUCUAGAACUGUUUUAGCUCAACUAUUUGAAUUUUUCCCAGAACAAGAGCUUUUGUUGUCAACCAUAAAAUUGUUAGCACUGGAGUCUGCAUUUGUGUUACAAAAAGUUUGCAUUUGAGCAGGAUUCUCUAAAACUACACGGCCAAAUACUUUAACUCUUACCCUGCUAAAUUUCUAUAAUGAACUUGUCCAUCUUUCAAUUUGGACGGUACCAUUUACUGUUAAAAGUGGUGCUUAACAAAAACUAACUGACUGAAUAGCAAACAGUGCAGAUCUUGAUCAGACUGCACAAAUUUGCAGGCUGAUCAUGAUCUACACUGGUUGCAAAGGCAGACUCAGUCCUGUCUAGCCUAAGGGUUAAAAUGUCACACACGUCUUUCGCAUCAUGAGAUGUCCAGUCACAGGGCAAGUUAUAUCAAUCUCUCUAGCUAAUGUUUUGUUAAAAUUAAGUGUUUUACAUCUUGAGACGUCCCACUGAGCAAGUUUACAUAACGUCUGUUCUAUUAAAAUUACUACCAUUCUUUAAUGUAGAAAUUUUGUGGAAAUUUUUAUUUUAAGCUUGUUUCUUGAACUUAAACAAAUGUUUUCAAAUUCUACAACAUCUUUGGCAUCUUGAGAUGACCUCAUGUAGCAGGUGUGAUGACUCUUGUCAUACUUCCUGUCAAAAUUAUGCCCCAUUUUCACUUAGUGAAAGUUUAAAUAUCAGAAGGUAUGUUUGCUACAUGUUUAACAAGAUUACAUGUCUUCAACUUACAAUUUAGAAAAAUUUACAGUUAAGUUCAAAACAAAAAUGAAAAUUUAUGAUUAUUAACAAAAUGUAUUUAGUUAUAGUCUUUCAUCUGACUGUUAAUCUUUUCCAUUUGUUUAACCCUUAUCAUGCUGGACAUGACUGAGUCUGCCUUUGCGACCAGUGUGGAUCAUCAUCAGCCUGCACAUCCAUGCAGUCUGAUCAUGAUCUGCACUGUUUGCCAGUCAGUCAGUAUUUUUUUGGUAAGCAUCCCUUUUAACAGUUAAUAGUACCAUCCAGUUUUGAAGGUAUAAAAAAUUCACUUGUCCCAUAAUAAUUCUAGUUACUUUUUAUGUUUAAAGCAUUUAAUUCCUCUCGUUUUACACAAACAUUUAUAGACAAAAAGAUGUUAAAACAUCAAAAAUUGGUCAUAUUAAUGGAAGUAUUAGGACAGUUGGUGUUGACAUAUUACCUUAUUAGCAAACAGCAGGGAGAUCUUUUUAAAAAGCUUUGCAGCCAUUGAAAUUGUAAAGAAAAAAUUCAUACCUUGAAAAAGUGGUCUUUGUUACAGUAAUGAGUUGGUCUUAGGGAUGGUCUUAACACAGGGUUCUACUGUAUAUAGUUUUGCUGUUUACAUGUUAAAACUUUACAGUGUAUUUUUAGUUUUAAGUAAUGUUACUGGUUAUUAUAAUAUUUUUGUAGGAUAGGUUCUUUUUUCCUUUACAAAUUUUAAAAUAAAUAUUUUCAUAAUUAGAUUCAUUGUUAGUCUGUAAUCUGCUCUAAAAAUACAGAAUAUUUAUGUCUAUCUGUUUAAGACAGUUUAUAUGAAUGUUCCAGAUUAAUUUUUAAGUAAAAGUGGAAGUAAAUUUCACUGAUUUAUGAAAUGCUUAUUUCUACUGUUGAACUGGACGAGUAUACCUCAGCUGAUGUUCUGUUAAACAUUGGUAGUCUGAUAGUAUUCUGAAAUAUGUAUUAUAAUUACUUUUAUUGUUGAUUGAUAUACUUCUAGAGAGAUUCAUGGCAACUCAAAGACUUGUUUAAAUUUUUACAGCCAUUGCAUUGUUGUAUACCUUUACAGUAAUGAAAUACAGAUGAAAUUAAUAAAUUAUAAGUA